GCCGCCGGAUAUCGGAAAUCGAAUCUCCAACCACGGAUCUCGGAAAAGUGAAAUCGUUUGUGUUGAUGUGGAAGUGUGAUUGUGUUGCGACAAGGAUAUCAGUGUUGUAGAAGCCAAAUCCAUAAUGGCAUCGGAAAUGCAGAAAUUUUAUAAAGACAAAGUCGUCUUUCUCACAGGUGGCAGUGGUUUCCUCGGCAGAGUGAUCAUUGAAAAGCUGCUUCGCACCACAGAGGUGAAACGGAUCUAUGUGCUGUUGCGUUCCAAAAGUGGUCAGGACAUCAAGGAGCGUUUUUCCAGCUGGGAAAGUCAUCCGGUCUUUGUUGGCCUUUUGCAAUCGAAUCCCAAGGCCUUGCAGCGAGUGGCUCCACUUUGUGGCGACUGCCAGGAACCGGAUCUGGGUCUGAACAACUCGGACCGUCAGCUGCUGGUGGAGGAGGUGCAGGUGGUGCUCCACGGUGCCGCCACAGUCCGAUUUACUGAGCCGUUGCACAUUGCCCUGGCCAUAAAUACGCGGGCCACCCGCCUGAUGCUGGAUCUGGCGCGCCAAAUGCAGAAUCUUCAGGUUUUCGUGCAUGUUUCUACGGCCUACUCUAACUGUGUGGUGGACCAUAUCAAGGAGCAUUUCUAUCCGGAACAUUUGACCUGUCCCGCCGCCAAGGUCCUGGAAUUGAAUGAGACCCUCAGCUCUGACCUGGUGGAUAACAUGGCGCCAGCUUUGCUGGGCAGGUAUCCAAAUACCUACACCUACACGAAGGCUCUGGCGGAGCAGGUUAUUCAGCAGGAGGCUGGUGAUCUACCCAUCUGUAUCUUUCGGCCUGGCGUUAUUAUUGCCAGCUAUAAGGAGCCGGUGUCCGGCUGGAUUGAUAAUUUGUACGGACCCAUUGCUGUGCUGCAUGGUGCCUCCUAUGGAGUCCUCCGCAUCACGAGGCUAAAUGUUAAGGCCAGGGCGGGAAUUGUGCCAGUGGAUUACUGUGUCAACUGCGUACUAACCUGUGCCUGGCACACGGCCGUGACUAGCCCCAGCCUUCGGAAGGAACCGACGAUCUAUGCUUUGACACCCUGCGAGGAGAACCUGAUCACUUGGGGUGGUUUUCGGGACAAGGCCACAAGGCUGAGCUACGACUACCCUCUAACACGGAUGAUGUGGGUGCCGUUCCUGCACUGCACCACCACGCCCUGGCUCUUCCGACUUGUGUCCUACUUCUAUCACCUCCUACCCGGGUACACCAUCGAUCUGUUUCUGUGGGUGCGUGGCCGGAAGCCUCGGAUGAUUAGACUGUACGACAAGAUACAUAAGACCAUUGAGAUCCUGGCUCCGUUUGUGGACACGUCGUGGCGUUUUGAAACGGAGAACACCCAGCGCUUGUGGCGUCGCAUGUCCGCCGAGGAUCAGAAGCUCUUCGACUUCGAUAUCCGGAGUCUCAACUGGGACGAUUACUUUUUGCAAGCCCUGCCAGGAAUCCGCAUCUACUUGGGCAAGGAGGACCCCGGAGCGGAGUCUCUGGAGAGGGGAAGGAGAAUAUUCUGGCGAUUCAAAGUCCUUCAUCGGAUGCUUCAAUUUAUUUUAUGCAGCGGGCUUGCAGUCAUUUUCUGGUCUUUAGUCAAGCUCUUGAUUAGUUUUUAAGUGAAUAUUACACACUCAAAUACUAGUUUUAAUUUUUUUAGAAAAUUAAUAAAAGUUAUUGGCCACAUUAA